GGGGGCAGUUUUGGGGAGUCCCUGAGGGAGAUUGGGGGGGGUCUCUGACGGGGAUUUCAGGUUUCUGAGGAAAGUUUGGAGUCUCCGAGGGAAGUUUAUCGGCUUGGUUUGGCAAUUUGGGGUUCCGGAGAGAAUUUUUGGGGUUUAUGAGGGGAGUUGAGACUUGAUGAUGGAAUUUGGCGAUCCCUGAGGGAGGUUGGAUGUGUCUGAGGGAGGUUUGGGGUCCAUGAGGGGAGUUGGAGCUUCCGUGAGGGAAUUCAGGGUUCCUGAGGGAACUUUGGGCUCUCUGAGGGGGUUGAAGGGUCCUGAGCGGAGUUUGGGGCGCCGCUGAUGUGAGUUGGGGUUUCUGUGAGGGAAUUUGGGGUUCCCGAGAGACGUUUGGGUUUCCUGAGGGAAAUCUGGGUCCGUGGUAGGGGUUGGUGGUUCUGUGAGAGAAUUUGGGGUUCCUGAGGCGCAUUGGGGAUUCCAUGAGAGGAGCUGGGCAUUUGAUGAGGGAAUUUGGGCUCCCUGAGUGCCCUGGAGGAUCCAGCUGUGCCCCCAGAUGUUGAGGGCCCCCCAAAACACCUUCCCUGCUCCCGAAAUGCCUCAGAUGUGAUCGGUGAGGGGCCAGAUCCAGAUGUUGGGGACCUGAAAAUGCCCAAAGUGGCCAAAAACACCUCAGAGGCUCCAGAUGUGGCAGCAGAAACCCCAAAUCCAGAUGUGCUAUGGGCCAGAAAUGGGCACCGGACACUGCAGGUGGACAGUGACACAGAUGUGGAGGAGGAGGGGCCAAACCCAGAUGUUGGGCCACAAAAAUGGCUUAAAAUGACCCAAAAUGUGCCUGAAACUCCAGAUGUGAGGCUAAAAACCCAAAAUCCAGAUGUUCCAUGGCUUAAAAGUGGGCAUGGCACCCUGCUGGUGGAGAGCGACACAGAUGUGGAGCAGGAGGAGGCUGAUCCAGAAGUGGAGCCCUCAGAACGGCUGAAAAUUACCCAGAACGUCCCAGAAACUCCAGAUGUUGCAGGAAAGACCCCAAAUCCAGAUGUUUCAGGCCCAAAAAUACGACACAGGAUGGAGCUGGUGGACAGUGACACAGAUGUGGACGAGGAUCCAGAUGUGCAGCCCCAGAAAAGGCUUAAAGUGACCCAAAACAUGCCUGGAAUUCCAGAUGUGGAGGUGGAAACCCCAAGUCCAGCUGUGAGGGCGCCCAAAAUUGGACACUGGAGAAUCCUGAUGGACAGCGACACAGAUCUGGAGGGGGAGGAGGAGAAUCCAGAUGUGCAGCCCCAAAAACAACUCAGAAUGCCCCAAAAUGUGUCCGAAACUCCAGAUGUGGCAGCAAAACCCCUGAAUCCAGAUGUUUCAGGCCCAAAACUCUGUUCUCGGAUGCUGCUGGUGGACAGUGAUACAGAUGUGGAAGACGAAGUGAAUCCAGAUGUGCAGCCCCCUAAAAGGCUCAAAGGGACCCAAAACGUGCACAGAAUUCCAGAUGUGGAGGUGGCGACCCCACAUCCAGCUGUGGAAAGCCCCAAAAUUGGCCAUCAGACACUGGUGGAGGACAGCGACACAGAUGUGGAGGAUGAUCCAGAUGUGCAGCCCCCAAAAAGGCUCAGAAGGACUCAGCAUUUGCCCAAAGCUCCAGUUGUGCGAUGGGGGACACAAAAUCCAGAUGUUUCAGGCCCCACAAUCAGGAGUCAGAUGCUGCUGGUGGACAGCGACACAGAUGUGGAGGAGGAUCCAGAUGUGCAGCCCCUGAAACAGCUCAGAGCGACCCAAAACGUCCCCGAAACUCCAGAUGUGGCUGCGAAGCCCCCAAAUCCAGAUGUUUCAGGCCCUGAAAUCAGGUGCCAGGCAUUCCUGGUGGACAGUGACACAGAUGUGGAGGAGGAGGAGGUGAGUCCAGAUGUUGAGACCCUGAAAAAGCUUGGAAUGACCCAAAAUGUGCCUGAAAGUCCAGAUGUGGUGGCACAGACCCCAAGCCCAGAUGUUGGAAUGACCCAAAAUGGGUGUCAGGCACUGCUGGUGGACAGUGACACAGAUGUGGAGGAGGAGGAGGUGAAUCCAGAUGUUUGUAAUUCUAAAAGAUGGAAAAUGCCUCAAAAUGUGCCCCAAACUCCAGAUGUGCCCCCACAGCCCCCAAAUCCAGCUGUGAAGAGGUCACAGAGGGGUCACGGGGCGCUGCUGGAUGACAGCGACACAGAUGUGGAAGAGGAGGCAAAUCCAGAUGUUGGAUCCUUAAAAAGAUUGAAACCAGCCCCAAAUGUGCCUGAAACUCCAGAUGUGAGGCUGGAAAUGCCAAAUCCAGAUGUUUCAGGCACAAAAAUUGGGUGUGGGACGCUGCUGGUGGACAGCAAGACAGAUGUGGAGGAGGAUGAGACAGGUCCAGAUGUUUGGCCCUCAAAAAGACUGAAAAUGACCCAAAAUGUGCCGGAAAGUCCAGAUGUGCCCACACUGGCCUCAAGUCCAGCUGUUGGAGGCUCUGAAUCCAGAUGUGGAGCCUUGGUGGGGGAGAGUGACCCAGAUGUGGGGGAGGAUGAAGCUGAUCCAGAUGUUCAGCCCUCAAAAAAACAGAAGAUUACCCAAAGUGUGCCUGGAACUCCAGAUGUUAGGCUGAAACCCCCAAAUCCAGAUGUUGGGAGGCUCCAAGGGACCCAAACUGUGGCCGAGACGCCAGAUGUGGAGGGAGAGGAGGAAGAGUGGGAUCCAGAUGUGGCCACCCAGCUGUUCCUGACCCCAAAUCCAGAUGUGGGGGAGGCCGAGGUGGACCCAGAUGUUGGGAGCCCAGAACGACUCAAAAUGACCCAGAAGCCACCGGAAAUUCCAGAUGUGGAGGAGGAAGAGGAGUCAGAUCCAAGUGUGGCCACCCAGCUGUUCCUGCCCUCUCCUGAUGUUGGGAGCCCAAAACGACCCAAAAUGACCCAGAACCCUCCCAAAAUUCCAGAUGUGGAGGAGGAAACCCCAGAUCCAGAUGAGGAGGAAGAACAGGAGUCAGGUCCAGAUGUGGCCACCCAGCUGUUCCUGCCUUCUCCAGAUGUUGGGAGCCCAGAAAGCACCAAAAUGGCCCCAAAGGACCCCAGAAUUCCAGAGGUGGAGGAGAAAGAGGAGUCAGAUCCAGAUGUGGCCACCCAGCUGUUCCUGACUUCUCCAGAUGCUGGGAGCCCAGAAGGACCCAAAACUACCCCAAAGGACCCCAAAAUUCCAGAUGUAGAGGGGCUGCCUUCUCUGGAUCCAGAUGUGGCCACACAGCUGUUCCUGCCCCCACAUCCAGGUGUGGAGGACGGUCUAAAUCCAGAUGUUCUGGGUCCAAAACAAUCCAAAAUGGCCUCAAAUGACCCCAAAAUUCCCAUUGUGAGAGUGGAGACCCCAGAUCCAGAUGUGGAGAGGGAGGAGGACUUGGAUGUGGCCACCCAGCUGUUCCUGCCCCCUGAUCCAGAUGUGGAGGGGGAAGGACCCUCAGAACCAGGUAUUGGGUCCCCAGACCCACCCAAAAGUCCCCUAAACCUGCCUGAAAUUCCAGAUGUGGACAUGGAGAGCCCAAAUCCAGAUAUGGAGGGGUCACUGAGGGGCCACAGGUCAUUGCUGAGGGAUGCUGAUCCAGAUGUGGAGGAGGCGGGCCCAAAUCCAGAUGUGGCAGCCUCAAAAAGACCCCAGACAGCCCCGGAAGUCCCUGACAUUCCAGAUGUGGAGGUGGACACCCCAAGUCCAGAUGUGGAAGGGCCGGGGAGCCCUGGCCUGAAUCCAGAUGUGGCCACCCAGCUGUUCCUGCCCCCUGCCCCAGAUGUGGAACCCCUGGAAAGCCCCGAAAGGGCCCCGCACGAGCCCCAGGUUCCAGAUGUGGAGGAGGCGGCCCCAAAUCCAGAUGUGGAGGGUCCCCCAAGCCCCGCCCAGGAGGAAGCAGGAGCCCCGCCCACCCCGCAGGUGCGGCGCAGUCGGCGAUUGGCUGUGAGUGGAGGGGGCGGAGCCUCACGUGGCCCCGCCCCCACCCUGAAUGGGCACGAUCAAGGCCCCAAGCCACGCCCCCAGAGGGGGCAGGACCAAUCAGCAGCAGUGCUUGAAGCGGCCACACCCUCUGUGCCCAUAAAAGGAAAUGGGCGGGGCUCAGUCACAGCCCCGCCCCCAGAGGAGGAGGAGCCAACAGAGGGUGCCAAGUGCAGGCUCCGCCCACGAGCAGCACCAGGCUCCGCCCAGAUCCGGGUGCUGUUCACAGGCCUAGUGGCCUCCCCGGCGCUGCGGGUGGCCCUGGGGACGCUGGGUGGCACCGAGGCCACGUCAGUGCACGACUGCAGCCACCUGGUGACCGAUGGCAUCCGCCGGACACUGAAGUUCCUGUGUGCCCUGGGCAGGGGCGUCCCCAUUGUCACCCCCCAGUGGCUGCUCGAGAGCUCCCACAGUGGCCGCCCGCUGUCCCCAGGUCCCUUCCUGCCCCGGGACCCCCCCUGUGAGCGGCGCUUCGGCUUCCGCCUGCGCCCGGCGCUGGCCCGGGCCCGAGAGCGGCCCCUGCUGCAGGGCUACCAGGUGCACGUCACCCCCAGUGUCCAGCCGUGCCCCGAGGACAUGCGGGACAUUGUCACCUGCUGUGGUGGCACCUUCCUGCCACAGCUGCCCCAGGAAUACGCGCCCCGUGUCCUGGUGAUCUCGUGUCCCCAGGACCGCAGGCUGUGGCCCCCGGCCGUGGCCGCGCGGCUCCCGCUGCUCUCGGCCGAGCUGCUGCUCUCGGGGGUGCUGCAGCAGCGCCUGGAGCUGGCACCGUUCCUGCUGAGCCCCUGGCAGCCCCCCGAACACACCCCUGAGCCCCCCCAAAACACCCCAAAUCCCACCCAAAACCAAACAAAUCCCACCCAAAACAAAAAAAAUCCCACCCAAAACCAAACAAAUCCCACCCAAAACCAAACAAAUCCCACCCAAAAACACCCAAAUCCCAUCCAGAAUAGCCCAGAGCCCACCCAAACCCCAAAAAAUCCCGCCCCAAAACCCACCCAAAAAACCCCAAAUCCCGCCCAGAAACGGAAAAAUCCCCCCCGAAAAACCUCAAAUCCUCCCCCAGAAACCCCAGAUCCCACCCCAAAAACCCCAAAUCCCCCCCAAAACCAAAAGAAUCCCACCCAGAAACGCCCAAAUCCCGCCCAAAGUACUCCAAACCCACCCCGAAAAACCCCAAAUCCCCCCCAAAACCAAAAAAAUCCUCCCCAAAAAACCCCAAAUCGCCCCCAGAAACGCCCAAAUCCCACCUUAAAUCCCCCAAUCCCACCCCAAACCCAGUCCCGGCCCCAUUCGAGGGGCUCCACCCCUCCCCCGAGCCCCCCCAGGACCCGGAGUGGGCGGAGACCCCCCCAAAAUCCCCCCCCAAAAACCUCAAAUUCACGCAGCCACCAAAAAACCCCAAAUCCACCCAAAAAAUCCCCAAAUCCAUCCCAAAAAACCCCAAAUCCACCCCAAAAAACCCUCAAACGGCCCCGGAGUCACUCAGAGGGUCCCGACCCCGAUUUUGGGGUCUCAGACCCCCCACAGGAGCCCCCCAGGACCCGGAGCCGUCAGGGACCCCCCCAAAAUCCCCCUCGGGACCCCCCAAAUUCAGGGACAUCCAAAAAAACCCCAAAUCCAACCCCAAAAACCCCAAACCCGCCCCAAAAAACCCCCAAACAGCCCCGGGGUCCCCCUGAGGGUCCCAGCCCCAAUUCUGGGGUCCCAAAUCCCCCCCUGGAGCCCCCCCGGACCCGGAGCGGGCGCAGACCCCCCCCAAAUGCAGGGAACCCCCAAAAAACCCCAAACCGGCCCCAAAAAGCCCCAAAUCCCACCCCAAAACGCACCCGGGGUCCCCCCGAGGGUCCCGCCCCCAAUUUUGGGGUCCCCGAGCCCCCCCCGAGCCCCCCCCGGACCCGGAGCCGCCGGGGGGCCCCAAUAAAGUGAA